CGGGGUUCUGCAAAAGCAUACGAGUAUCGGUCAAGAUGUCGUUCAAGAUUGCAACGGUUCUAGCGCUAGCAGCUUUCGUCUGCGUGGAAGCACGCACCGUCCAAGAUCACGAGGAUUCGUGGGACCGCAGGGCACAGGCGUUGCCCCGGCUACCCCGUCUGCCACAACUACCCCAGGGAUCACGAUAUGUUUCGAAAGGAAACCGUAUCGUAGGCGGAUUCGCGAUCGACAUCUCCGAUGCUCCGUAUCAGGUAUCCCUCCAGCAUCGCGGUUCCCACAACUGCGGUGGCUCGAUCAUCUCCAACGGAUGGGUUUUGACCGCUGCCCAUUGCACCGCCGGUGCCUCUGCGUCGAAUUUGGCUGUCCGUUACGGUUCAUCGGAGCACGCGGCCGGUGGUAAGCUGGUACCGGUGGCUCGCAUCAUCAACCACCCGAAGUACAACGCCAACACCAUCACCUACGACUUUGCGCUGCUGCAGCUGGAGCAGGAGGUAGUGUUCGGCGACAACGCACAGCCCGUCGAUUUGCCCGAGCAGGAUGAUCCGGUUGAGGAUACGACGCUGUGCAAGGUGUCCGGCUGGGGCAAUACGCAGAACGUGAACGAAUCGUCCAGGAAGCUGCGCGCUGCCUACGUACCCUCGGUCAACCAGGAAGAGUGCCAUAAGGCUUACGCCAGCUUCGGCGGCAUCUAUCCGGAUCAAAUUUGCGCUGGAUUCCGAAACGGGGGUAAGGACGCCUGUCAGGGCGAUUCGGGUGGGCCGCUCGUGGCCAACGAUCAGCUGAUCGGUGUCGUUUCCUGGGGAUACGGUUGCGCCGUACCCGGAUACCCGGGUGUGUACGCCCGUGUUGCCUCGGCCCGCGACUGGAUCCGUGAGAACUCGGGAGUAUAACGAACCAACGACG